GAGGCGCCGGUGCCGGUGCCGCGGCCCCUUUAAGGCCGGGCGCGCCAUGGUGCUGCUGCCGGGCGGCGCGGCGGGGCGCGGCCCCGCGGAGCCCCUCCCGAGGAUCGAGGACUGCCUGCCACCGCUGGAGAGCUCCCCCUCCAAGCGGUUCUCCCCCUCCAAGCGCAAGCAGUACUACAUCAACAAGGCCAUCCGCAACUCGGACCUCAUCCCCAAGGCCAAGGGCCGCAAGAGCCUGCAGAGGCUGGAGAACACUCGGUACCUGAUGACGCUUCUGGAGCGAGACGAGUGCGGGAGCGACGAGGCAGAGCUCGCCCACGCCGCCACCCCCAGCAUCUUCGCCGAGGCCUGCAACAACGAGACCUACGUGGAGAUCUGGAAUGACUUCAUGAACCGGUCGGGGGAAGAGCAAGAGCGAGUCCUGCUCUACCUGGAGGAGGAGGCCCGGAAGAAGCACGAGAGGAAGCUGCCUGUGAAGAACAAAGAGAAGUGGAAAGAGCACCCUGCCUACACGCCCAAGGAGUGCUUCCAGCGCAUCAGCCGCCGCCUGCGCUCCACCCUGAAGCGGGGCAGGAUCCCCAUGGGGACGCUGGAGGGCCUGGAGGAGGAGCUGCUGGCAUUCUUCUCAGUCACCCCACACUCUGUCUACACGGCGCUGAUGGACAACAGCUUCGAGCGACUCCUGCUCCACGCACUCUGCCAGUACAUGGACCUCGUGUCUGCCAGUUCGGACAUCGAAGGCAAGCGCCAGAUGAAAGUGAGCAACAAGCACCGCGUCUUCCUGCCCCCCCAGCUCCUGCUCUCAGACUACCUGGGCCAGAUGAGCUGAUGGCGGGGGCUGGCCUGCCCCCUGCCCGGCGCCGAAGCCUUCGCUCUCCUGCCCCCGGCCCCGCUCCGUGUGCCCGCCGCGGGGCCGUGCUCCCGGGCCGUGUCCGUGCCUGUAUUUAUAACCGGGUGUUUUCACUGUGGUGGCCGGGCCGGCCCUGCCGCUGCCGCCGGUGCUCGGUUUGGGCCCGGCCGCUCCGUGCGGAGCCCGGCCUGCGCAUGGGGCCGGCAGUGCUGGAGCUGGCGCCACAGCCUGCGCAGGGCAGCGGGGCUGUUUUUAAUUGUAAUACAGCGUGGUUUUAUGUGUGUA